GCCUCUCGCUCAUCAUCAGUUAGCGGCAGAGAUGGCCGCCAGUGGCUUGCUCCGUUCAUUUUCCUCCAACUUUUCCACAGCUUGGCCUUUACUCACCCGCUCCGCGCUGCUGCUCGCUCCACUGAGACUGUCACCCAAGCCUUAUAAUGGGAGAACGAUCGCUUCUUCAAGCCGAUUAUCCGCAGCACUUAAGUUCACAGACAAGCACGAAUGGGUUCGAGUAGACGAUAACGGGACAGGCACGGUGGGCAUCAGCAACUUUGCACAAGAGGCUUUGGGAGAUGUAGUUUACUGCGGACUGCCAGAGGUGGGGACGCAGCUCGCCCAGCAGGAUGAGUUUGGAGCUCUCGAAAGCGUCAAGGCAGCGAGUGAACUUUAUUCGCCUCUGACUGGAGAAGUUGUGGAGGUCAAUACACUACUGGCAGACAACCCUGGUUUGGUAAACAAAUCCUGCUACAAGGAUGGUUGGCUGAUGAAGAUGACAAUUGCAAACCCUGCUGAGGUCGACGCUCUGAUGGACGAGGCGGCAUAUGAGAAAUACAUCCGCUCCAUCGAGGACUAACUCUAGGUUGUUUCAGCGAUUACUUUUCUCGUGCGAUUAUUUCCAGCACCACUGGCAGGGAGAUGCACUCGAUGUGCCUCUCGGUUCCAUCACGAUGCUUAACAUCCAGCAGCAAAGCUUUCCAGCUCUGGACUGCUGAUCUGCCUGCGCUGUAGAAAUGUGAACUUUAGUCUUUACCUACUGAACAUGACUGAAUUUAGGGGACCGGUCAGUCUGCACUGACUAACCAGCCUGGCUUCUUAUAGCUUCAAAAUCUUAAAACACGAGGAAUGAAACCAAGCCAGUAGAAAAGCUUCCAAGUAUUUCUGUGAAACCUGAAAUUCUGCUCUAGUAAACAUAGACUUAAAAAGCACUUUGGUCGUGAUGGUGUUAAUCAGGUUUGUCUACACUGUGGAUAUAUGGGACCCGUGUAAUAGAAAAAUAAACUUUUCCUUACAUAUUG